AAUCCACCAGAGCCAGAAAAGCCUACAGAAUCAUCAAAACCUAUUGAACCAUCUAAACCAGAAAAACCAACUGAUAAACCAGUCAAUCCACCAGUAACUCCAUCAGAACCAGAAAAUCCACUUGGUCCAGUCACAUCUGAAGAACAUACUGAAAACUCAGAAAUUUCAAAUUUGGAUGGAGCGUUAUCAGUCACCGCUACUCUUUUUAUUGGAUUACUUGCUCUUUUGAUAUAA